CGCACACAUUCAAAUCAAAUUAUUUCCGAAGCACAUUUUCCAGGCAUAACUGCUACAAAAAAGCUGACGAGUGAUCGGGAAACAGAGAGGGAGAGAGAGAGAGAUGGCUGGGGAAGGAGGAGGAGCGGAGGAGGAGAUAAAGCUCGAUCGCACGCCUACAUGGAUCGUUGCCAUGGUUUGCACCGUCAUAGUUUGCAUCUCUCUUUUCUUCGAAAGAUUCCUCCAUCGGCUCGGCAAGCGGUUCAUGCGAAAGAACCAGAAACCCCUUUUCGAAGCCCUUCAGAAGAUGAAGGAAGAGCUGAUGCUGAUGGGAUUCAUCUCGCUGCUACUGGUGGUUUUCCAGGGGGUGAUCCAGAAGAUCUGUAUUCCGGAGAGCUACACCCGGCACCUGCGGCCCUGCAAGGGCGAAGAGAUAGCCGGCGAGGGAGGCGGUGGUGAAGCAGAAGUCACAGCGCAUUACCGCUCUGAAUUUUUUGUGGGAGUCAUCGGCGGUGGCCGGCGGCUGUUGGCUGGAGGAGGAUCCGGCGGAGAGCACUGCGCAAGAGAGGGAAAAGUUCCACUGCUAUCUAUUGAAGCAAUCCAUCAACUUCAUAUAUUUAUCUUUGCUUUGGCAACAACUCAUGUGCUUCUCAGUGCUCUAACUAUGUUUUUAGGCGGAGCAAAGAUACGCCAAUGGAAGCGUUGGGAAGAUUCAAUUCAUAGAGAUGCUGUAGAAAACGCUUCAACAUCGCCAAUAAUUACUCAUGUCCAGGAAACUGAAUUUAUCAGGGAUCACUUUCUUGGCAUCGGCAAGGAUUCUUUGAUAUUGGGUUGGCUGCACUCUUUCUGUAAGCAUAUCUUUGGAUCUGUGACAAAAUCGGACUAUAGAACAUUGAGGCUGGGUUUCGUAAUGGCUCAUUGCAAGGGUAAUCUCAAGUUUGAUUUUCACAAAUACAUGGUCCGAGCAGUUGAAGCUGAUUUCAAGAAAGUGGUUGGCAUAAGUUGGUAUCUUUGGAUAUUUGUGAUUGUUUUCUUAUUCCUGAAUGUUGGAGGGUGGCAUGCAUAUUUCUGGUUGUCUUUCAUUCCUUUGAUCCUACUUUUCUCUGUCGGUACCAAAUUGGUGCACAUCAUCUCUCAGUUGGCUCAUGAAGUUGCUGAAAAGCAUUCAGCCAUUGAAGGAGAUUUGGUGGUUAAGCCUUCAGAUGACCAUUUCUGGUUCGGUCGGCCUCGAAUUAUGCUCUACUUCAUCCACCUGAUUCUCUUCCAUGUUGCCUUUGAGAUUGCAUAUUUCUUAUGGAUAUUGGUGACAUACGGAUACCACUCCUGCAUCAUUGAUGGUACAAAGUAUAUCAUCCCAAGGCUCAUACUUUGUGUGGUGGUACAGAUCAUUUGCAGCUACAGCACCCUACCUCUUUAUGCAAUUGUCACCCAGAUGGGGAGUUCUUUCAAACCGGUUAUAUUUGAGGAACAUGUGCAUGAGGGUCUUGUGGGAUGGGCGCAGAAGGUGAAGAUGAAGGGGAAAAGGCUGAGCAAGGUUAUGAGCAGACAAAAAUCAGAGGGGACUCCGCUUGAAUAUGUUUUUACUACUAAGGAUCCUAUGUUGAAAGAGAUGGAACCUGAGAUUGUUGAAGAAAAUCGGUGAAAGAGUGGUCAUGUGAGAUGAGUUUUAUCAAGCUGCUGCCCAGAAGAACGGGUAGGUGAAAUUAAAUUAGCAGAGAAACAUAAAGAAACUACUAUUUUCCUGUAAAGCUAGCUUUUUUUUUUACAUUUAAAUUUUGUAAUUUAAAGAAGUUUAUUCUGAUAGAGAUGAGUUUUUUGGACGGAUGUCUCUUUUUUAGAUUUGAAUUGAU